AGCAGGCUACACUCACAGUGUAAUACAGUGCAGCUCGCACAGACAAAUCUGAGCUCUUGCAGCAUUAGCAGCAACUGACGAUCAGGCAAACUGCCACCCACUCUGAAUGAGAGAUGUUGGUUUAGAGACAGAAAGCAGCAUGGAUGCAAUGUGCAGCUAUUUACCCCUCAUGUGCUUCUUGCUUUUCAUUCAAGCUACAGAGGGCUUUUCUGGAGACAAUGACCAUUUUAUGGCGAUUCACUAUCGGAAGAGUGGGAGGCCCAGGUUUAUUUACCACCGUGUGCAAAGUAUUGAGAAAAGUUUAGACCUGAACAGACAGUUAUCUGACCACAAUUUCAACACGCCCGCGCACCUGCAUGUUGGCAAGUUUCUUCCUGCAGGGUUUGAUAAAGCAGCUUUCCCGCGCUCUCAUAACCGCGCACAAAACCUGUUAGCGCCAAGUGACACAGAUGUUAAAGUGGAAAACCUUCCUAUUCCACAGGCCAAUGUGAUUCUGGUGAUGUUGAAAAUGGAUGUAAACAAACUGAACACAACGUUACUCCGGAAGUUUCGUCAGGGAGUUGCUGCAGCCCUUGGCUUGUCGCCACAGCAAGUUCACAUCAAUCGCCUCAAUGGUAGAAAGAAUUGCGUGGAACUCUUUAUUUCCCCUCUGAACAAAAAAAUAGGCGUUCCAGAGGCCCUUCCUUCUGCAGAAGUCUUGCGUUCCCUCAACUUGCAUACACUGCACCAAAGAUUAUCCCAUUUUGGAAUUACUGAAGUGUCUGCAGAGAAAAAUGUACUCCAAGGACAACAUGAAGCAGAUAAGCUAUGGACCAAAGAAGGAUUUUAUACCAUUGUUAUAUUUCUCAGCAUAUUUGUCAUAAUAGUGACUUGCUUGAUGGUUCUCUACAGAUUAAAAGAAAAGAUUCAGUUUUCAUUGAGGCAGGACAAGAAAAAUCAAGAGAUUCACCUGUCGCCUCUCCCAGCUCAGCCUACACAAUCUCAGGCAAAACGGCCAAGCAGCAUGGUGCAGCAUGAACAUAUCCCUAAAGCUGUGAAUGUUGUUGUAGACCCUCAGUGCCAAGGCACCUUCGAGAUUAGACCUCCAUUGUCUGCAGGACCUUCUCCAUUUAAAAUGAAACCUGUGGGCCUCCAAGAAAGGAGAGGCUCCAAUGUUUCACUUACUUUAGAUAUGAGCAGUUUAGGAAUGGCUGAACCUUUCAAUGUGGUACCGACCCCAAGAGAAAAAGUAGCCAUUGAAUACUUACAGUCAGCCACUCGAGUCCUGACCAGACAGAAGCUCAGGAAUAUUGUUCAAACUUCCCAUUUACUUCACACAGAAUUCAUGGAAAUACCAAUGAAUUUUUUGGAUCCCAAAGAACUUAAUAUUCCAAGCCACGGAACCAAAAAUCGAUAUAAAACUAUAUUGCCAAAUCCAGUUAGCAGAGUAUGUUUGAAAACAAAGAACGCAAAUGAUGCAUUAAGCUCCUAUAUAAAUGCUAAUUAUAUUAGGGGUUAUGGUGGAGGAGAAAAAGCUUUUAUUGCUACACAAGGUCCAAUGAUCAACACUGUGAAUGACUUCUGGCAAAUGGUUUGGCAAGAAGAUGUCCCAGUUAUUGUCAUGAUUACCAAACUGAAAGAAAAAAAUGAGAAAUGUGUUCUCUACUGGCCAGAAAAGAGAGGCAUAUAUGGAGGUGUUGAGGUCCUAGUUAACAGUGUAAAAGAAUGUGACUAUUAUACCAUCCGGAAUCUUACAUUAAAGCAAGGGAGCCAGUCUCGUACUGUUAAACAUUACUGGUACACAUCAUGGCCCGAUCACAAGACUCCAGACAGUGCUCAGCCUCUUCUGCAGCUUAUGUUGGAUGUGCAAGAAGACAAGAAGAAUUUUUCAGGACGGGGUCCUGUAGUAGUGCAUUGCAGUGCUGGAAUCGGUAGGACAGGCUGUUUCAUAUCUACGUCAAUUGGCUGCUGUCAACUGAAAGAGAAAGGUGUUGUUGAUGUAUUAAAUAUUGUCUGCCAACUGAGAAUGGACAGGGGUGGAAUGGUUCAAACAAGUGAGCAAUAUCAGUUUGUGCACCAUGCACUGAACUUAUAUGAAAGCCGACUAUCUGAGGAAAAUGUCCAGUGAACAGCCAAGAAGACAAUGAAAGUGAUCUUUUUAAGGUAAUCUGUUUUAUUACCAACCAGCAGUUUCUUAAAGGAGUCAAGUAGACUGCAUGAAGGGGAGUGGGAAGACAACCCAUGAAGGCUUGCUGUAAAGUCUGCUGCGAUAAGAUGGACUCUGGUCUGUAAAUGAAUGUACCUUGUACUACAGAUUCUGUUAAUAAUAAUGGAAGGUACUUCUCUGAUAAACAAUAGUUGUAUAUGCGUUUUAUAUACAGUAUACGUAACUGAAAGGUGGAUGUACUACUGAGAUACGAUUAUCUACAAUACAGAAUGUAUGUACUACAGUCGACAGUCAGUGGAUUUCUAAAGAUUAUUCAGUGUAUAACAAAUAAACCUUUUGCGAAACAUAUGUCUUGUACAUGGAUUGUCAGUUUUCCCCUUGUACCUGCCAAGUGCUAUUAAAUAUUAUGUGGUGAGCUUGUUUCUUACCCACAUAAGAUUAUUGCUGCUAGUGUUGCAAGUAAUCAGUUUAUGUUGUUUUAUUUUUCCAAAAAAAAAGAAAGAAAAAAAACAUGUUGAUAUUUAUCUAAACUGUACAAAGUCAGUCUGAUAUUUUGUAUGAACGUGUUCUUGUUCAGUUGGACUUGUGAAAUUCUAUUAGAUUAUUUUGAUUCGUUUUACAGCACAAUGUCUUUUAUUGAGUGGAUAUGCAUUUACUCUUAAUUCUGUGGGUUUUACUAUUGCAGUCUCUUCUCCAGAUUUAAAUACAGUGUAUUUGUAAAUUCUGUGAGUUAUUUUACCUGAGAAAUUAAUAGCAUAUAUUAAAACUGCAAGAUUGAAAAAAAAUAUAUUGUUGUCUUUUACUGCAAAGGUAAAUGAAUGAAUCUGUGUAUUUAAUAUGUUUGUUUCAUUGGAAAUGCCCUAUAGAUAAUGUAUAUGUGCAACUGCAAAGCAGUAGGUAACAGCAACUUAGAGUACUAACUGUAGGUGCCAAUCACUCUGAUCAUAAAUCAAUUUUUUUUAUAUUUUAAAUAUCUGCUUUAAGAGAAAGUACAAUGCUGCUAUAAUAGUUUUCUUUGCACUGCGCUAUCAGAUUAUUGAUGUCCCGUAAACUGGUUGUUUGUUUGCAGGAAUGGUCAUUCUGUGCAUAUGGUCAUCUUACUUUUUUAAUGUCAACAUUCGGAUAUACACUGCCAAUAAAGUUCACUUGGUUAAAAAUC